GCAGUCCCCUCAUACCACUUUAUAACACGACCAAAUAAAAGUCUUGAGAGUACACUUAGGUUCCGCUUAACAAACAUACAACCAGAAUAGAAACUUUAUUUCGAGAACCAAUCAGAAUAGUGGAUCGCGUACAUUCUAGAUUGUUCUCGAAUGUCAUUGGUCCGGUAUAUAAACCCGCGCGAACCGCGCCAAAUCAUUCAGUAUUUGAAAACACAAACAAGAGAAAGGAAGACGAGAAGCGGUUUUAAUACCGAGCAACUUUACUCAAAGCGAAAUAUCAACGAGUUUACUAUUUGAAGAGAUUAAGACGAAAUUAUUCACACUAAAAAAUGCCAGCUAUCGGAAUUGAUCUUGGUACUACCUACUCCUGCGUUGGAGUAUGGCAGCACGGGAAUGUGGAGAUCAUCGCCAACGACCAGGGCAACAGAACCACUCCAUCAUACGUCGCCUUCACGGACACCGAACGCCUGAUUGGCGAUGCCGCCAAGAACCAGGUCGCCCUGAACCCAACCAACACGGUGUUCGACGCCAAACGACUCAUCGGCCGCAAGUUUGACGACCCGAAGAUCCAGCAAGACAUGCAGCACUGGCCCUUCAGAGUAGUCAGCGACUGCGGAAAACCAAAGAUUCAGGUUGACUUCAAAGGAGAAAAGAAAACGUUCGCGCCGGAGGAGAUCAGCAGCAUGGUCCUCACAAAAAUGAAGGAAACAGCUGAGGCUUACCUCGGAAAUUCAAUCCGCGAUGCAGUCAUCACAGUGCCAGCUUACUUCAACGACUCUCAGCGACAGGCAACCAAAGACGCCGGCGCUAUCGCAGGUUUGAAUGUGCUGCGAAUCAUCAACGAACCCACCGCCGCCGCUCUCGCUUAUGGUCUAGACAAGGACCUUAAAGGCGAGCGUAACGUUCUUAUUUUCGACCUGGGUGGCGGUACCUUCGACGUGUCCAUUCUCACAAUUGACGAGGGCUCACUGUUCGAAGUAAGAGCAACUGCCGGCGACACGCACUUGGGAGGCGAGGACUUCGACAACAGGUUGGUCAACCAUCUCGCAGAAGAGUUCAAACGCAAGUACAAAAAGGACAUCAAGAACAAUGCGCGAGCGUUGCGUAGAUUGCGCACUGCUGCUGAACGCGCCAAGCGCACUCUCUCAUCGAGCACAGAAGCAAGCAUCGAGAUCGACGCGCUUCAUGAGGGCAUCGACUUCUACACACGGGUGUCUCGGGCAAGAUUUGAAGAGCUCAAUGCAGACUUGUUCCGUGGCACCCUUGAACCAGUCGAGAAGGCACUCAAGGAUGCAAAACUUGACAAAUCGUCCAUUCAUGACGUCGUGUUGGUCGGUGGAUCUACUCGCAUCCCCAAGAUCCAAAAUAUGCUUCAGAACUUCUUCUGCGGCAAGAAGCUGAACCUAUCCAUCAACCCUGAUGAGGCAGUGGCAUAUGGUGCUGCUGUCCAGGCAGCUAUACUGAGCGGGGAACAGCACUCGAAGAUCCAAGAUGUGCUGCUCGUCGACGUGGCGCCCCUGUCGCUUGGUAUCGAAACAGCCGGUGGCGUGAUGACAAAGAUUGUUGAACGAAACGCGAAGAUCCCCUGCAAGCAAUCACAGACGUUCACUACGUACUCUGACAACCAGCCAGCAGUCACCAUCCAGGUUUACGAGGGCGAGCGAGCCAUGACUAAGGACAACAACCUGCUCGGCCGCUUCGACCUCACCGGUAUCCCUCCGGCACCUCGUGGAGUUCCCAAGAUCGACGUCACCUUCGAUCUUGACGCGAACGGUAUCCUGAACGUAUCCGCUAAAGAGAACAGCACCGGACGCAGUAAGAACAUCGUCAUCAAGAAUGACAAAGGCCGCCUGUCUCAGGCAGAGAUAGACCGCAUGUUGUCGGAGGCCGAGCGAUACAAGGAAGAAGACGAGCGCCAGCGGGAGAGAGUGGCGUCACGGAACCAGUUUGAAUCGUACAUCUUCAGCGUGAAGCAAGCGCUAGACGACGCCGGAGACAAGCUGAGCGAGCAAGACAAACAGGAGGCACGGCGCGAGUGCGACGAGGCGCUCCGGUGGCUCGAUAACAACACGCUCGCCGAGAAGGAUGAGUACGAGCACCGGCUGAAGGAGCUGCAGCGAGUGUGCUCGCCCGUCAUGAGCAAGAUGCACGGCGCGGCCGCCGGACAGGCUCCGGGUGGAAGGCCGGGCAAUGCGGGACCCACCGUCGAGGAAGUAGACUAAACUUGGAACGAUCUCUCUCUAGUCCAAUUCAAUUGAUUACCAUGUAAUUGCAUUUGUAAAUAGUAGAUUGUAAGUUAAUUUAUUGUAAUUUAAAAACCAACUGAAGAUCAUGUGCUGAGAAACAAAAUAAAAAAAUAUUUUAAUAUACCUACCUAUUUUGUUUUUUCU